AUGACAAAAGACAACGACAGCCCAUCAACGAGAACUGGCAAAGACCAAGCCACGGACCGCCUACAACAGGUCUCAUCCCAUAUAUCCCCACCAGAACAACCAAGAAAGUCCAAGCCAAAACCAAAGUCCACAGAAACCCACCUCCCAGCAGACCACUCAGAUGUCCUAGGUCAACUCGCAGCCCUCCGCGCAAUAGCCGCAAAGCCAGACCCCACCAACCGAGGCUACGUGCGCCAAAAGCAAGCAGGCAAGCUAUGGGUGCGCGAGCGCAUCGAGCAACUCCUUGACCCAAACACCUUCCAAGAAAUCGGGUCCGUUUCCGGCACGGUGACGUGGCAAAAGACCGCGCCGAUGCGCGAGAAGCCUGUCUCCUUCGUGCCUAGUAAUAACAUCCAAGGGGCUGGACUGCUUCGCGGCAGGAAGGUCCUCCUCACGGCUGAUGAUUUCAGUAUCCGGUCUGGACAUGCGGACGGCGCGAGUACCGGAAAGACGGUUUAUGUAGAGAAGCUUGCUAUUGCGCUGCGUAUGCCGGUUGUUAAGCUUGUUGAUGGGAGUUCUGGCGGUGGGAGCGUGACGAUUAUUCAGAAGGAAGGGUGGAGUUAUCUCCCUCAUGUUGCGUCUUUUCCGUAUGUUAUUAAGCAGUUGAAUAUGGGGAUUCCGAAUUUGGGGGCUGUUGUUGGACCUGCGAUUGGGCUUGGCGCUGCAAGAGUGGUAUCCUGCCACUUUUCAGUGAUGGCAGCCGACAUCGGAGCAUUGUUCAAUGCAGGCCCGAAGGUUGUUGAAGGUGCCACAUUCGAAGAAGGUCUCGAGUUCCAAGACCUGGGCGGGCCUAUGGUUCAUUGUACGAACGGCACGAUCGAUAACCUUGCCGCCAAUGAGGCAGAGUGCUAUGAGCAGCUGCGGGUCGUUCUGAGCUAUCUCCCCAACAGUGGGAGCGAUGCACCACCAACUAUUCCCUGCACUGACUUGGAGGAGCGCGAAGAUGUUGCACUGCGGAGUAUCAUCCCUCGAAGACAAGCACGCAUGUAUAAUGCUCGUUCGAUCAUCACCUCUGUAGUUGAUAAAGACUCCUGGUUUGAGAUUGGCGCAUUAUGGGGGCGUACUGCAAUUGGUGGACUUGCGCGCCUAGGUGGUCGUCCUAUUGGGGUUAUCUCCGUCAACUGUGAAGUGAACGGAGGCGCACUGGAUGCCGCUGGUAGCCAGAAGUUAACGCGGCUGCUGAAGUUGUGUGAUGUGAUGAAUCUGCCUAUUCUGCAGUUUUUGGACAUCCCGGGCUAUGCUAUUGGAACGGUUGCCGAGCGCACAGCCACGAUGCGUUGGGGCGUCGAGCUCGCCAAGGCUUACUUUAGUACCACCGUGCCGGUAUUCAACGUGGUAACGCGGCGUGUGUUUGGCGUAGCGGGCGGUAUUAUGUUGGGUUGUCGUGAUCCGGUUAUGCAGGUUGCUUGGCCGUCUGGACAGUGGGGCUCGCUGCCCCUGGACGGCGGAAUUGAAGUUGGCCAUCGGCAUGAGCUGCGUGAAGCCGAGAAGGUUGGAAAGAAGGAAGAACGGUAUCAAGAGUUGGAAGAAGAGUAUUUGCGGCUGAUGAACCCGGUGCGAACAGCGAACGCAUUUGGAAUAGAGGAAAUCAUCGACCCGAAGGAUACGCGCAAGGUUUGCUGUGCGUGGGCAUCGCAUGUCUAUGAAGUGCUCAUGAAAGAGAGAUUAGCCGACCGAGCUUGUGGAAAACUCCAGCCUUCUUUUGCAUAG